AUGCCCCAGGUCAGAGGCGACGUGCAAUGGUGUUUUUCCCGAGCUAUUGACCACAUUUAUAUCUGCUCCUCGCUGGAUCAGGGUAGCGGCAAUGGCUAUAUGGUGGUGCACGAUAGCUUCGUGCAACGGGGUAUUCCCGAUCCGACUCUCAUCCACUACACGGGAGCAAAGUUCUCUGCUAUCCAUACCCAGUGA